UCUGGCGAGUGUGGAUGCGUUCCGAGCAGAAACCGCGUCCAAACAAAAAUUCACUUCUGCCCAAUGCAACCCGAAACACCGAUAAAAAAAGAAAGAAAUACCAACUCAAUGUGCAAUAUAAAUUUGUUACACGGAAAAGUUUAAAGUGUUUUUCAACAAUAAAGUGCUAGAGUGUUGCAAAGUCAGUUGGAAAAUCUCUGUAUUCGCCGCAGGAUAUCUUCAAAAUCCAAACUUUGGAAAAAAAAUCCAAUACAGAUAUCCCUGUGUAUAUGUAUAAUGUAUGUACGUGUGCGUGAACGUGUGCCCGUGAUGGUAGUGGUGGUGGUGCAAUAAUUGUGAGCGCCAAAAAGCCGAAGAGACGAAGCCGCGCAGCCAAAUAAAUCUCUCGUCUCUCCUUUCGCGCUUCUCGUUUUCGCGUCGCCUUGCCGUCGCUUUCUCCAGUUCGAAAGUCGCGUAGUAAAAAGUGUCGGCAAAUCUGCACCACCUCGCUGCACCACCCAUCCACUCAACCACUGAACCACUCUGAGCCACUUGGCCACUUUGUUUUUGGUCAAGUCUUUCGCACUCUCGACUUCGAAAUUCGAAAUUGCGAAUUUGGCGCGCACCGGAGCAUCAAGUCAAAAGCACACUUAACUACAUAUCCAACUACCAGCUCAAUUAACAUUUAUCACCAAAAUAUAAAAACCGCCAAAAUUGCUUUGCAACAAUGUUGAACAUACUCGGAAAAAGCAAUAAAAACUUUUGGCUACAAAAAAUAUCCGGCUUUAAAUCGUUCAUAACAAGUAUAUGAGAACGAAAUAUAAUCCGAAACUAAAGUUGGAAAAACAAGUCUAUCGCAAACUAUAAAAAUGCAAUAAGAACGUAAAAUAAAAACUUUUGUGAUGCUGCAGAGAACAUUUUUCGCAAAGUGUCAAUAGGUGAAAGAAAAAAAUAAAUCAAUUAAAACGGAAAUUCUAUUUAAUUUGUGAACUGUUCUGUGGUGCUUAUCCCAUGUGCCGAGCACGCGAACAAUAAAACAAAAAUUUAUACAAUUUGGAAACGCAGAAAAUCGAUCGAUAGCCGCAAACCAGGGAUUUUGGAUUUGAAUUUAAUCGUGAACUAUCACAAAACAAAUUGAUCCACAUAAAUACGCACACGGACAGCAAAAAUGGAGAGCAAACACUGGAGCUGCUUUGUGGCCAUUGUGCUGGGCGUGCUAAUAUUCAAAAUGCACAUAUUUGUUGCAUUCGCCGAUCAGGAUGAGGAUAUACCGCACAACGAGGUUCGCAAUUGGGCGCUGAAGUUCGGCGUUGACUUGUGGGAGUUCGGACGUCAAUUCACCAAAAUGAACGAGAUCAAAAGUCGCUUCAAGGACAACGACAUCGAAGUGAAGCGCAAGGACGGCAUUAUCCUGCUGCGUGAAUUGGCCGCCGAGGUGAAGAACUUUAUGGAUUUCAAGCGGAAUGCUGUCAUGCGCCUGAUGGACUCCGCCGAGCAGGCGGCCCUGUCCGAGCUGGAGGGCCAGGGAGGGCAGGCGGAGUCGCCGAUGGGCGGACAGCAGCACUACGAUGCCCGGCGGAUCAACGAAUAUAAUGCCGAUGGCAAGCUGGCGGACGGAGCCCGCCACAUGGACAUCCGGUUCAUGCGGCGCUUCGAGCGGCUGCCGGUCAAUCUCAGUCUAAGCUCGAUUCUGGUGCCGCACGGCGUCGACUUGGAGGAGGCGGACGUCAAGUCGGCGCUGCAGUGGAGCGGCCACUUGGACCCGCUGUUCCAGAACAACUUAGAGCAAGAUCCGGCAUUGUCGUGGCAGUACUUUGGCUCCUCCACGGGCUUCCUGCGCCGCUUCCCGGGCACCGCCUGGCCCCCGGAGGGCUCCAAGGGCAGCAAGCUCAUCCACGACUUUCGCACCCACAAUUGGUUCGUCCAGGCAGCCUCGUCGCCCAAGGAUAUUAUGAUUCUCCUGGAUGCCUCGUCAGCCAUGACAGAGAAGUCCUUUGACCUGGGCAUGGCCACCGCCUUCAACAUCCUGGACACCCUGGGCGAAGACGACUUCGUGAACCUGAUCACCUUCUCGGAGGUGGUUAAGACACCGGUGCCGUGCUUCAAGGACCGCAUGGUUCGAGCCACGCCCGACAAUAUCCAGGAAAUUAAGUCAGCGGUCAAGGCCAUCAAGCUGCAAGAUACGGCCAACUUUACGGCGGGCCUGGAGUACGCCUUCAGUUUGCUGCACAAGUACAAUCAAUCGGGGGCCGGUAGCCAGUGCAAUCAGGCCAUCAUGCUGAUCACGGAGAGCACCUCGGAGUCGCACAAGGACGUGAUCAAGCAGUACAACUGGCCGCACAUGCCCGUCCGCAUCUUCACCUAUCUGAUUGGCAGCGAUUCCGGCAGCCGAAGUAAUCUGCACGAUAUGGCCUGUUCGAACAAGGGAUUCUUUGUCCAGAUCAACGACUACGACGAGGCCCGUCGCAAGGUCAUCGACUAUGCCCUGGUGAUGGCCCGUCCGAUGAUCAUGUACCAGGCCGAUCAUCCGGUUCACUGGAGUCCCGUGUUUGUGGCCGGAAAGUCCGGGGGACUUGGACGCGAUUCGGAGUACCAGCGACGCCUGGUGACGACAGUUUCAACUCCGGUCUUCGAUAGACGAAACCAUUCGGUGCGCGUUGCCAAUCUGCUGGGAGUGGUGGGCACCGAUGUGCCCAUCGAGGAGAUCCGCAAGGUGAUCCCCCACUACAAGCUGGGCCCGAAUGGCUAUUCGUUUAUCGUGGAUAACAACGGGCGAGUGCUCUACCACCCCGAUCUGCGGCCCCUGGGCGAUGCCAACCAGUAUAUCGACCAGCUGAAACCGAAGUACGCCUCGGUCGACAUCACGGAGUUGGAACUGCCGGAAACGGAGUUCGGAAAUAAUAACGAACCCCUAGAAAUAAACAAGAAUCUUCUGAACGAGAUGCGCGGCGAUAUGAUAAAACCAAAGGAGGGGGAAACGGAAUUUACCGUGAUGAACCACUACGAUGACUCGAAAAGGGUUUCGACCAGGACGCAUCGGUACUUCUACGGCCCCAUCGAGGACACACCAUUUACCCUGGCUAUUGUGCUCCCGGAGAAAUACGGUAGCCAUGAGUUUGUUUCCCAGCAGGAGAUUCGGCAUUCGCGUAACAAUGUUACCGAAUACUUUAAGGGAGACAACUGGCGCGUACAUCCCGACUGGGUGUACUGCGAGUACAAUAGCGUCAGUGAUUUGGAAAAGGAGCGGGAGAGUUCCGGCGAGUAUUCCUCACGGGAUCAGGAGCCGAGCUUCGGAUCGCCCGAGGAGCAGGUAUUGCACUUUCUAUCUCGCGCUGGACGCCCCGGUUGGAAGUGGAUGUCGGUUCGACCCAAGUCACCGCAGCCACAUCACAACAUGCACAGUGGCUCCAACGGCAAUGCGCCCGGAUCGAGCCACUUUGGAUCGCAGCACUCAAACUCUCAGGGAUCUCGCAAGGCAGAGCCCUACUUCUGCGAUCGAACCCUCAUCCAGAGCUUGGUGCGCGAUGCCAUGGUCACCGAUGGACUCGACAGGAACACCACAGGAUCCUCCAGCGGCAAGGAGGAUAAGCAUCCAAUCGCCACAUUGAUGGCAAUCCUCAAGAGGCAAGGCUAUCAGAAGUUUGUGGUUGCUACUUCGUUCGUGGCAACAAGAUCGGGUCUUCUCCGGUGGAUUGAUCAUGUCAAGCGACCCGAGGACACUCCCGAACCACACUUUAGCGAGGAUAAUGUAAGAGCCAUGGACACAUCUUGGUACAAGCGAGCCAUAGAUCAGCACUCCGUUGAGCCGGAUAGUUUUGUGUACAGUGUACCCUUCGGUUCGGGCUAUGCCAUCAAGUCGAAUGCAACCCUGGUGACCGCUUCACAUGCUAUAUUUGUGGAACACCGAGGUCACAAAGCUCCUGCGGGAGUUGUGGGUCUUCAGUUCCAGCACGAUUCGCUGGCGAAACAUUUUAUUAAUAUCACCUCAGCUUGCACUGGAAUGACGGGCUGCAAGAGAACCUGCGCUUCGGACAAUCUCGACUGCUAUGUCUUGGACAACAGCGGAUUUGUGAUCAUAUCCGAAGAGAUGGAGCACACGGGCAAGUUCUUCGGCCAGAUCGAUGGGACCAUCAUGGACUCCCUGGUCCAGGAUCGCAUCUACAAAAGGGUAACGGUCAACGACUACCAGGGCGUCUGCUCCGAUGCGGACAAUCCCUACACGGCUGCAGGCGGCAUCUUGCAACCAAAUCGCCUGGGCUCCUGGUUCUUCAAUCAUCUAUUGGCUUUGAGCGCCACUUGGCUGUCCUUUAUGCCCGCAUCGCUGAGAGCCUGGCCGCAGGAGGAGUACACCUAUGACAACGAGGAUGUUGUAUUUGUGGAUAACAAUUACUCUGAUGAAUACGAGUUCGGAAAUGAAAAUGAAUAUAACAUGCAGGUGGACCAGGAAAUGGAUGAGUUCUUUACCACAGCCGAUGUGGAGUAUACAACGCCACCACCUAGACAACAUAAGCCCCAUGUGGGACCACGAUUUUCACCGGAUCCCCAGAAUGCCAGAAGGUGCGAUCUCCGCACAGAUCUCUACAUGCUUCAGCCGGAGCGACUCAAUCAGGGUGGCCAGAACAAUCCACUCAAGGGCAAAUUAACCAACUGUCAUGCAUCUGGUUGCGAGCGUCCCUUCAGCGUCCAGAAGAUCCCGCACAGCAAUCUUAUCCUGUUGGUGGUGGACACCCUGUGUCCGUGCGGUUCCAAGCAAUUGGAUAUCGAGCCUUUGGAGGAGGCGGGCGUAAUCGGAGCCUGCAGUACGAGACGACAGGGUCAGGAGCAGGAGUCGCGACGCCGACCCAAAAAGUGCAUCAAUUAUCAUCCCGAGGAGAUCGAGAUCCAGCAAUGUGGGCGUGGCAGCACACUGCUGCACAUGUCCGGCUCGGUGAUUGUGGCCCAUCUCCUAAUGGUCACCGUGACCUUUGUGCUGGCCAAUGCGUGAUAUGAGCACUAAAUGAGUUUUGAGAAUUAGGUUUGCACUUGUUUUGUGUCGAAAACAAUAAGCGGAUGAUGAGAAAUCAUGUCUUUUGAUCGAAAGAAAUACGCAGUUUGAGUUUGUUGAUUUGAGAUCCAAGUGGAAGUUGUUAGUCAACCUCUUACCACUAAAUGAGGUAAAGGGAAAAAUCAAAUAUGUAUUUAUUAGGUGAUUCGCAAAACGAGAAACGUUACACAGAUAAUACUAACAAGUUUAUAUAAUUAUGUUUGUAGACAAUAAUUUGCAGAAAACGAUUUUCAUUGACAAUUAGACAAAAAACGAUAGCUAAACAUAAAUUCUGUAUGUAUGUAUGUGCAAUACGAAUAGCAUUUAAAAAUAAACUGUUUAGUCGAAUAUAAAUAUUUUCUAGAGCGAGCUUUGUUUACCAGUUAUCAAUUGAUUUCCACCUUAAGACAAAUUAAGAGACGUAAAAGAAAGUGGCAGUGCAAAAAUCUUUAACCGAAUGUAAUAAUGACGGAAAAACAGUUAUCAGUCGGAUUAUGUAAAUAGUAUCAGAAAAUAUUCAACAUGAGCAAAAUUCCUACCGAUAAAUAAUUCGUUAUUUUUCCUGUUUUCUAUCGUACAACUUUAAUACUAAAUAAACGGAGUUACUUUUGCACUCAACUGCGUACGCACAAAUAUCAAGUAUUAUAUAUUUUACAACCAAACGAAAUCGAAUUCACUGAACAAAUGGAAGACUUGAAAUACCCGACAGCAAUGUAAAAACAACAAAAACACAACAAAAAACCAAAGUAAAACCAGAACAAUGAUAAAGGCAGUUCAUAUCUGAUACGUAUGUAUAUGGUUGACAUCCAAUAUUGAACAGAAGAAAGCAAAACGAAUACGAAGGAAAAACAAGUUAAUUAUUAAAUAAAUAUUUGAUUAGUUUUGCAGAAAACAAAAAAUAAUAAAACAAAGUGGAAUAAUAAUUUA